UUAGAGAGUAAUAAACAAAUGAUGUGACGCUGAACGAGAGCAGAUAUAAUAAUCACAUUGUUUGAAACAAAAACAUCGGAUCAGGACGGAAACACACAGCCUCUGAAAAAUGGACCCCACUCUGUAUUUCAUUCUUCUUCUCUCUGCUCUCUGCUCCGUAUCUGAAUGUGUUCAGCGUCAGUAUCACUUUAUAAAUGAGAGUAAGAGCUGGACUGAAGCUCAGAGAUACUGCAGAGAGAAAUAUACAGAUCUGGCCACCGUUGAUGACAUGAACGACAUGAACGAGAUGAAGAAGAGUCUGAAUGAUGGAGGUGUUCAGCUCGUCUGGAUUGGUCUGCAGAAGACGGGUCGUGAUGAAUGGAGGUGGUCUUCAGGUGAACCUGCUCUCUAUCUGAACUGGGCUCCUGGACAACCUGAAAGAGCAGAGUGUGGUAUGAUGUUAAAAGGACAAUUUCAUGACUUGCCAUGCAGCACUCCCAAAUAUUUCAUCUGCAACCACACGAACACAGGACCUGUCCUCAUAUAUCAGGAGAAGAACUGGAGAGACGCUCAAAGUCACUGCAGACAGAAUCACAUUGAUCUGAUCAGUGUGAGGAACCAGGAGGAGAUUCAACAGAUUAAGAAGUUCAUUAGUAAUAAUAAUUUAUCUGGAUCAUGGAUCUUGAUCGGUCUGUUCAGAGACUCCUGGCAGUGGUCAGAUCAGAGUAACUCCUCAUUCAGAUACUGGAGAACUGGUGAACCUAAUAAUAUUGGAGGUCAUGAAGACUGUACAGCUGUUGAUCAGAAAUCUCAGGGACAAUGGAUUGACGACUCUUGUGACAAACAAUAUCCUUUUGUGUGUCAUGAAGAUAAACUGAUUGUGAUCAGAGAGAAUCUGACGUGGUCUGAAGCUCUGAGAUACUGCAGACAGAAUCAUGUGGAUCUGGUCUCGGUUCAUUCAGAAGAGAUUCAGCGUCGUGUGAAGAACGUGGUUAAACUGGCGUCUACUGCUGAGGUGUGGAUGGGUUUACGUCACUCCUGUAUUGUUGGGAUCUGGUUCUGGGUGAAUGGAGAGACUGUGUGUUAUCAGAACUGGGCUCCAAGGAACGGAUCUUCAGAAGAGGACUGUAAAGACUCAGUGAGAUCUGGAGCAGUUCAGUCUGGAGGAGAUCCGCUCUGGAUCAGCCGUCCUGAAAACACCAAACUCAACUUCAUCUGCAGAAAUUAUUAAGAGUGAACUUUAUGUAAGACAAUAAUAGCUGGUGUGUUUAAUUUAAUUUUCACUUAUUAAGAGAUUUGCAUUAAAUGAUUUGCCUAUUUUUUUUUACAUAGAAAGGGUGACAGCAGACCACAGUAAAAUAAAUGAAUUAAAAUCUAAAAAUUAAAAACUAAAACUCCUAGAGAGCAAGGGGGCCCUACACAUCUUACAUAUCAAAUUUGUUGAUUAAUCAGAGCGUUGUAGUUGCUUAUUUCGUAAUAUGCUAUGAAAAGUAUAUUGUGUAUACAGUGGGAAAACUAUUUGAUGUUUUAUAGUUUGAUGGUCAACAAGAAAAGAAUUACAGAGGGGAGAUAUAGCUCUGAAUUGGACCUCAGUGUGAUCCAGACUGUGUUCAUUAAUACAGGGUGAGGGAGUAUUGUUUUUAAUUGAUUUGUAUACUUUAUGCAAGUAUUUUGAGUGUAACGUGGGAUUGUGUUAAAUUACUAAAACUGAUAGACAGACCUUUAUGUGAGAUAAUCAAUGCUGUGUGUUUGUUUCAUUAAUUUUAAUUCAUCACUUUGUAAAUUAAUAUUUUGAACUAGGGACAUGCACAGAUAUUUUGAGGGACAGGGGCUCAAGUGUAAAAAAACAUCA